CUCUUUCUUUCUUUAUCUCCCUCUGUGUCCAGUUACAGUAGUAGAAGAGGAACCGAGGAAGGGGGCUUCUCUCUCUUUCGUCACUCACUCCACUGUCGACAGCUGCUUCUCUUCUUCUUACUGGAGUGCUUCCGCCUGCCGGGGAAGGGAACAAUGGCGCUCACCCCCUCCUCCGCCGCCAUGGCUCGUCCUUGCGUCCAUCCCCUUUGACUGACUUGGACGGGACUAACGCUGCGCUGCAGAAGGCUGGGUGUUCACGGGGCACCAGCGGCGUGCGGCGUGGGGUCCUCGUUGGCUUGUGGCGGGGGCCUUCCCAACCCAAGCGCAACGCCCCAGCCAACCCUGCUUCUUCGCCGGGCCAGCCGCCGGCCGUGCCAGGCGACGCGACGCGACACGACGAGGCAGUCAGUGAGUCAGCGGCAGCUACGUCUACUGUGGUAUCUACUCUAGGAGGCAGCAGGCCGGCCCCUCGGAGAGAGAGAUCACAAGACGCACCACGGGGCAAGGGCAGCAGGAGGAGGCUGGCUUGGCUUGGCUUGGCAUGGAGAAGGUGAUGCUGCAUCAGCAGGAGCAGGAGGCUCGGGCGCCGGCGCCCACGUGCCCGCCGUGGCUCCAGGCGGCCAUCGCAGACAUCGAGCAGCGCGUGCGCGCGCUGGCGGCGGGCGUGCCGGACGACGACGCGGCGGCGGCGGCCGCGGACCACUCCUUCGCCGAGCGCGCCGAGAACUACUACCGCCGCCGCCCGCAGCUGCUCGCGCUCCUCACCGACCUCCACCACCGCUACCUCUACCUCGCCGACCGCUACGCCCAGUCCCUCCUCGCCAACGCCAAGUCCCACUCCCACCACCUCAGCUCCGACUGCUCCUCCGACGUCGACGACCGCUCCUCCGACGCCGGCAGCUCCCUCUCCUACCAGCCCCACUCCGUAAUCGCCGAUGACCACCACCCCGCUGCUCCGGCGCUCGCGUUCCCGGCCUCGGCGGACGGCGAGCUGGUGGUGGCGGAGCUGGUGAUGGCGUGGGUGGACCGGGACGUGCUGGCGGACGAGGCGGACCGCCGGAGGGCCGAGUCGGCGCGCAAGAUCGACCUGCAGGGGAGCCUGCUGGAGGUGCUCGAGUCGGAGCGCCUGGUCCUGCUGGGCGAGAACGCGCGCCUGGCCUUCCGCGCCUCCGCCGCCGAGGAGGAGGCCGCGGCCGCCGCCGCCGAGCUCGGCUACACGCGCCGCCGCGCGGCCGACAUGGCCCGGCUGGCCGUGAAGCUGCGGGACGACCACCGGGCGUGCAUGCUGGGGCGCAAGGUCGAGGCGCUGCAGGCGCAGGUGUACGGGCUGGAGCUCCGCAACCGCGAGUGCUUCGAGGCCAUGGCCGCCUGGGAGGCCGAGCGCAAGGCCGGCGUCGCCGAGAUCGAACGCCUCCGCGCCGAGAACCGCCGCCUCGCCGCGGAGGCCGCCCAGGCUGCGGCUGCAUCGAGGAGGAAGCGUGGGGGCGGCAAGGGUGGCGGGAACGGGUGGUGGUGGCUGGCGAGGGUGCGGCUGGCGGCGGAGUGGACGCCGUGCGCGCCGUCGUCGGUGACGGUGAGGAAGGUCGGCGAGCAGAUGAAGGGCGGCAAGUACAACGGCGGCUGCUUCUGCCUGUAGGCAGGCAGCGGCGGCGUCGUGACACCGGCGACGACGGCGAGGGUCUCUGCUUUUGGUGCAUCUUUUUGGUUUGCCCCCUUGGAUUAUGGCAGUAUUACUGUGGGGAGGAUCGGCGAAGAGAUAUGGUUUAGGCUGGGGUUAUUAUGAGGCAAUGCAGGGUGUAAGAUGAUAAUUAAGUAGCUGUUCCUGAACUGGUUUACUCCACCACUCUCACUGGCACUCAUGGAGCUGUGAUGCUUCUGUCGGUGGAGAUGGAGAUGGGCAAAGCAGUACUAUUAUGAGAGACAUGUACGUAGUAAGGAGUAGUAUUAAGCAGUAAUGCCCAAUGAGACGCAAAGUUGUUACUUUAA